AUGGUGCCAACACGGGCUUUUGCCUUAACUCAGAAGGAAGCAGCCAACGGCAGCACCAUAGUCAAAGGUCAGUUCUCUAUAUCUGGUAUGAUGUGUAGAGCCCUUUUUGAUUUUGGAGCAACUCACUCAUAUGUUUCCAUGAAUAUGAUUGAUAAGUGGAGUAUGCCUUGCAAACUAUUUGAGCAUAACUUUAGUACCAUGUUACAGUCGAGAGACAUGAUGUUGUCAACUAGGUGGUUACUGUCAACGCCUAUAACGAUAGAGGGCAGGGAGUGCCUAGCAGACCUUAUAGAACUAAGUAUACAAGUUUAUGAUUUCAUACUUGGCAUGGAUUGGUUAUCCAAACAUUGGGCGAUGAUGGACGGUCGAAAGAAGACUAUGGAGUUCAUACCAGAAGAAGGAGAGAUAUUUUCCAUUAGAGGAGACGUAGCGGGUUUUUGA